CCCAGCCCAGCCCAGCCCGUCCUCUAGAUUGCAUCCCUCGCCCCCCGCAUCGACAAACACCCCAGGUCCCUACAUAAAGCCCGCAUCGGCCCCGAUGCCGUCGCCUACAAUGCAAGAGAAAGCGCCACUCCUCCCGGACACCCGCGAGGUUGCAGAUGCAACCAGCGCUGACGACACCAUGGCCCUGCGCAGGUCCCACAGCAAGAGCCGCUUCCAUGCGGCCAUGGUAGUCUUGCUCGUCAGCCUGUUCUGGCUCGCCAGUACGUGGACCUGCGCCGACCACCAUGAAGAGGCCGAUACAAAGGUGCCCAUGGACGUGCACAUCAUGUCGAAAUGCCCCGACGCGCGUGACUGUAUGAACAAACUAGUGCUGCCCGUCAUGGCAAAUGUGUCAGACAAGAUCGACUUUAGACUGAGCAUGAUUGGCACGCUAACAGAAGACGACGGCGUCCUGUGCAAACACGGCCAAACCGAGUGCCUCGGCGACAUCGUCAUGCUGUGCGCAGCGUCCUCGUACCCCGACCCCAAACUCCAUCUCGGAUUCACAAACUGCCUCAUCACCGACUAUCCCGAGAUACCUGCCCGCUCGCUGAUUGAGGACUGCGCGCUAGAGCAUGGCCUCGAUUUCGACGUCCUGAACGACUGCAUGAGCAAGGAAAACGGCGCAUACGGCAUGGGACUGCUCCGCGACAGCGCUCAGCAUAGCAGUGAUGUGGGCGUGACGACGAGCUGCACCAUCAGGCUCGACGACAAAGUGCGAUGUGUAGCGGAUGAUGGUCACUUCAAGGACUGCGAGGGCGGAGACAAGCCCGAAGACCUGAUCCGCGACAUCGAGAGGCUAUACAAAGAGGCCCAGGGAUGGACGUAUUCCUAAGAACAAUAACUGGUCCAUGAUGUAUAACCCCCCCUUUUUUUCUUUUUUUCGUGUUACCACACACAAAGGCGUUGUUUGAAGGCUUUUCUGCAGGCGUCCAAGAAAACUUGAUACCCAAUCUACCAGGCGUAUUGUGCAUAUCCAACAGACACAUACGCAUACC